UUAAUAAUGCGCAUGCGCAAAUCAACAAUGAGUCAAAACCAAGAUGGCGGCGGUUGUUGAAAAUGUUGUCAAACUGCUGGGAGAGCAGUACUAUAGAGAUGCCAUGGAGCAAUGCCAUAACUACAACGCCCGGCUGUGCGCAGAGAGGAGCGUGCGCAUGCCCUUCCUGGACUCUCAGACGGGCGUGGCGCAGAGCAACUGCUACAUCUGGAUGGAGAAGCGACACAGGGGCCCAGGCAUGGCUCCUGGGCAGCUAUACACGUAUCCGUCCAGGAGGUGGAGGAAGAGAAGAAGAGCCCAUCCUCCGGAGGACCCCAGACUGGCUUUCCCCUCUCUCAAGUCAGAGCUGGACCUGGGCUUGAAAAGGGAUGUCCUGGGGACCUCAGAUGGCAGCAGUCUGGAGGCCCUCCUGAAGGGGGAGCCCUUGGACAAGCGAGGGCCCCCGGAUCUGCGGGUCCCAGACGAAGACCCCAGUCUGUCGGACUACUCUACGAGCACCACCCCCGCCACCCGCAUCAGAAAGAGAGUCCUGGAGCCGGAUGAUUUCCUGGAUGAUUUGGACGAUGAAGAUUACGAGGAGGACACCCCGAAGCGGCGAGGCAAAGGCAAGGGGAAGGGCCGAGGAGCGAGCAGCAGGAAGAAGCCGGAUGCUGCAGCAGCUCUGGAGGACAAGGACAAGCCUUACGCCUGUGACAACACUUUCAAACAAAAGCAUAGUUCCAAACCUUCCGAACGAGUCUGUGGGAAGCGCUACAAGAACCGUCCGGGCCUGAGCUACCACUACGCUCACUCCCACCUGGCAGAGGAGGAGGGCGAGGACAAGGAGGAGGCUGAGGUCCACGACACCCCGCCUCCACAGCCCCACGAACCCAAAACCCCCAAGAAAGGGCCGGAUGGGCUGGCCUUGCCAAACAACUACUGUGACUUCUGCCUGGGGGACUCCAAGACCAACCACAAGACGGGCCAGUCAGAAGAACUGGUGUCCUGUUCAGACUGUGGUCGCUCAGGGCACCCGUCCUGUCUGCAGUUCACCCCGGUCAUGAUGGCAGCGGUGAAGACCUACCGCUGGCAGUGCAUCGAGUGCAAGUGCUGCAACAUGUGUGGCACCUCGGAGAACGACGAUCAGCUCCUGUUCUGUGACGACUGUGACCGAGGCUACCACAUGUACUGCCUCAGCCCCCCCAUGAACGAGCCCCCAGAAGGGAGCUGGAGCUGCCGUCUGUGCUUGGACCUCCUGAAAGACAAGGCCUCUAUAUACCAGAACCAGAACGCCCCUCCGUCUUGAUACACACACACACACACACACACACCCCUGCAGUAAGGUUCUCUGUCAGGGGAGAGGUGGAGAGGCAGCAGACAAGCUGGUACCACAGACGAACCUGUGAAAAGGGAAGGACACCUGUGCAACCCCUGUGCAAUACACGGCUCGGGCUGCUCCGUAUGACUGUUACACUGUUACACAGUUCAAGUCACCCACAGGCUCUGGUUUCUGACUGUUUAGCCCAGUCCCACGUCUGGGCUAAACAGUCCCACGUCUGGGCUAAACAGUCCCAAGUCUGGGCUAAACAGUCCCACGUCUGGGCUAAACAGUCCCAAGAAUCCUGAAUGAAAUUCUCCUUUUAUUCCACGAUAUAUCAGUUUUGGCAACUAGUAAACAGAGAAAAUAGUUGGAAUUAACUAGAAUGCCAAUGCUCCUUCGUAGUAAGAAACGUUUUUGUAUAAUGAUAUAUUUGUAUAGCUUAUAAAGGGUGUGAAUGAUUUAUAUGUUGUAAUGAUAGUGGUUGUUAUAGCCUUUGACACAAUAUCUUAUCUACUUCCGUCAGAGGGGGAGAGGGGACGGACAUUGCUGUCAAAUGAACAGAACACAUUUCAUCACCUCCAGGUGUUGCCAAACAUGGCUUUAAUAUGAGCUAACAACAUCACUAUAGGUUCUAUACAAGGCAAGAAUGAUUUUGAUUCUGAAGCUGAGGGCAUCCAGGCAUCAUGGCCCAGCUCGUAGCUGCUUCUCUGAUCUGCCUAGAAGAGACUGCUGUGGCUCACUUCCUGUUUCUCUGGUGUGAUAGUAGGGUUCUGUGAAGGGCAGUAAGGGGAUCAUGUGACGUGACUGAGUAGAGUAGAUCAUGUGACUAUGUGACAGGGGGGUCCUGGAGGGGGGGGGGGGGGUCCUGGACACUUUGAGUUUUGGGGACCCCCCGUAAGAGAGAUACUGUACGUGUUAAGAGCCCACCCCUCAGUGAUACUCUGGGGUGUAUCCUGUGCAAUCCUGAGUGUGUUGGGACCUCAUCAGGGCCCAUGUCCAUACCUAGAUCCCAUUUUACUGGUUCACCAUUUCCUAGCCCAUGUUGGGUUGAGAUGGUCUGUGCCUGCGCACUACCAGGGUCUGUCACAGGAAGGCAGCGAUGAGCCAGGCAAAAGAGUAGCAAUGAGAGAUGGCUGACUGGGUUCACACUGCAGUUAACAAUAUGUCUCCAUGUCGGUUUCAACUAGUCUAGUCUCCUAGACAGGGAACACCAGUGCUUCUGUCUCAACAGAUAUGCUUGAAGUUAGUGGCUGUAGUUGAAGAAGCCUGUACAGCAUCUCUGACAGUAGGGAAACCCAACACAGAGGGGGACGCAUGAUGUGUGUGCUCUCAUGCACACUCAACUCUGGUUUGGACAAUGUGUUGGGAAGUUGUGAUAUAAUUUAGGUACAUUAUCAUGUUAUAUCCAUAGCCAACUAACAUAUACUGAAGCAUUAAACAUGUAACUUGGUUUUUAUUUCCAACCGCAAGGUUAAAUGUUUAUUUGAAAACAGCUGCCAUUAGAAUAUUGCUGUUCAAGUAAAAAAGGAAGAAAAAAAACAUUCAUGUAUGGUAUAUACUCGGUUAAUGUAAGACAUUUCUGGGAUUUGUUUUUGAUUGUGAUGAAAUGUUUCUUUUGUGGUUUUUGUCAUUUACUUCCAUGAAAAUAAAUGAUUUGGCACUGGUUACAUUAUA